AGAUAGGGAAUGCCCGUUAGUUGCGUCUGCCGAUAAUAGCACAUCAGCCAGAGAGCUGCUAUUGGGAGAGCAGAGCACAGGCAGUGCGGAGGACUGAGCUGCUGAGCACAGAAUGGUACACUAGAGAAGACAGGCACACUCAGAGAGAGAUAGACCAGGGGAAGAGAGAGCGCAUCAGAGCACGCUGAGACGGUUAAGAGGAGAGGAGGACAGAGAGGGAGCAGAGCAGUGGAAAGAGGAGAGGAAAGUGAAGAGGGGAGAAAAGUUAACGGGUCAGCAAGAGACUCAUUGGAGUCUCACUGCCACUGGAAUAGCCCGGCACAGCAAUAAGCAGCACAGGAGGAGAGUGAUAUUACAAAAGGGGAUAGAGGGAAUACUGUAACUUCUUCCUGGAAAGACAGUCCUGUCAGAAGACGAGGGUAGUGCUCCUCACAGGACCCUUCUGCACAGCUACUUCAGGGCUAUCAAAGCAAGACAGCAGCAGCAAGCAGAAGACACUUAAGCCUGGUAGAAGUGCCUGAGCAGUUCAGUUCUACUCACUUCUGUCCUGGAGACUUUCUAACCUGAGUUGCUUGGUUCAACCUGUGCGUUUCCAGGUGGAUGCAGUUGUAUUUCUCUGUGGCUUUGAUCUGUUUUUGCUUCAGAGUGUGAAGCAGUGGAGAUUCGGAGGACGAGUUGUUCUGUCCUGUCAUCUCUGAGACUAUGGUAGACUGUGCGUCAGGGAGACCUUCAUCAGCAGCUGCAGCCCUAGAGCAUGGAGAAGUCCAGCAGUGAGGAGUCAGCCAUUCACCGUAGCCCCUCUGUAGAUAGCCGUGACUCUGAUUUUGCUCAAGCUUCCACGUCUGGCCGCCCAUUUGGCGGCCGCGGCUUCACUGCCGGUGCAUUCUACGGCUCCACGGGGCCGCGCAAAAACGCACAGCAGGGGCAGGCUGGAACGGCAGCUGAUACCAGCGCAGGAGACAAGACCAAGAACAAGUACAGCUCACCCAAAGGCAGCAAAUACGUGGUCUUUUACCUGGAUCUAUCCUUUGUGUUCCUUUUAGAAUUCAAGAAGUGCAACAUGGCAAGAGGCUGCCUCUGCUGCUUGAAGUAUAUGAUGUUCAUCUUCAAUCUCAUCUUCUGGUUAUGUGGCUGCGGGCUGCUCGGCGUUGGCAUCUGGCUCUCUGUGUCGCAGGGCAGCUUCGCCACCUUCUCGCCCUCAUCCCCCUCACUGUCGGCUGCCAACAUGGUCAUCGCCAUCGGCGCCAUCGUCAUGGUAACAGGCUUUCUCGGUUGCCUGGGUGCCAUCAAGGAGAACAAGUGCCUGCUUCUGAGCUUCUUCAUUGUCCUGCUGAUAAUUCUCCUGGCAGAGCUCAUAUUACUCAUCCUGUUCUUUGUGUACUCAGAUAAGGUGAGUGAUAAUGCUAAGCAGGAUCUGAAGGAUGGGCUGGCUCUCUACAACUCAGAAAACAACCUAGGUCUGAGAAACGCCUGGAACAUCAUCCAGGCUGAGUGGAAGUGCUGCGGUGUGAUAGCGUACACUGAUUGGCACGAGGCCCUCAAGGAGAAGGUUGUUCCUGACCGCUGCUGCCAGGAGCAUUACCAGGACUGUGGGCGUAACACCACCAACAUGUUCUGGAACAGGGGCUGCUUCGAGAAAGUGGAGGAAUGGCUGGAUGACAACAAGCACCUGCUGGGAACCAUAGGCAUGGUCAUUUUGGUAGUGCAGCUUCUGGGCAUGGCGUUCUCCAUGACGCUGUUCCACCACAUCCACAGAACGGGGAAGAAGUACGACGCUUAGCCUUGGGGGGAGGCGCUGGAUGGAGAGGAGCCCCACUGCCUGAUGGGAUAAGACUCUGAUUAACCCCCCCGACCCCACCCCAUUUACCCCUCUCACUUUACAACCUCUUUAGAGCAUCCUUUACCCCCGUCCCCAGACCUUCUGUACAGAUUCCAGCUGUGUCCCCGCUCUGUUCUGCUCUCUCCUCUCACCAUUCAUUUUGCCAAAGAGUAACACAACUGGAAGAGAAGGGACACCUACUUUUGGCACAGAAGAGAAUCCCAUUGGUUGUCACUCCUCUUGAGUACAUUUUUUAUUUUUGUCUUUUUUUUUUUUUCUUUUUUUUUUUUGCUUGGACUAACAAUUUGCUGGAAGGAAGGACAGACUCUGAGACAACAAAGACUUUACUAAUGCCCACACACCCCACUCAGAGGCAAAGAGAACAUAUAAAACUGAUAUUUCCCUCCACCUCUAGUGGAUUUUUUUUUCCCCAUUUGCCCCAUUUUCCCUUGUAAAUGAAAAAAAAACUUCCAACAUGGCAUGCUAGUUUUCUACUUCACUGAUUUACCUUUUGUCAUCGAAACGUCGCUGCCAUUUUUGUUUCAAAUUUCUUGUUUGUUUUGGGGUUGUUUUUUUUUUUGUAAGUACAGUAUGUCAACGAUGCUCCUGUGGAAUGUAAGAGUUGAACAGAUCAGUGCAAUGAGCUCUCAGACAUGCAGUGUGUGUGGGAUUGGGUUUGAUGUGACAUUGCUGCAGAGGGGUACAGACAUGUCGGGAUGGUGUUUAAUGUAAUCCGCGAUUCAUAAUUUUAUCAUCCUGCUACGAAAAUUGGGGUAAAGUGAACGUGAUGGAUAGAACGUCAUGUUCGCGUGAGGAAUCAUCAGUGGAUGUGUUUCAUACCAAAUUCUGCAUUAUCCUCUGAAUAAUAAAUUAUAAUGCACACAUCUGCCUGUGAACACACACACACACACACACACACAUCAACACACACUAUGUACUGCCACACUCCAGCAGUAUUCCCAUUCCCUGUGAGACAAUACAAAUGGUGUAAAAUGGCUGUUUAUUAGGGCUCCACCAGGACUGUCAAGUGAAGAGAUCUGCGUGAUGAAGUUCCCCCUUUGAGAAUACAGACUGAAUUGUGUGUUUGUGUGUAGCUUUGUGGCUGUUUUUUUAUCACAUUGUCCGAGCUACAAAGGGAAAAAAAAAACAGCACAUAGAAACACGGAGAAGCAAGGGCACAAGGGGCAAAAACAGAGCAGACAUGUUGUCUCCCUGCUGCCAUCAAUUGUGUUAGUGGAGGCAGCUAGAGCUUCUCCCUUCUAUAUUUUUGAGAUCUCAUCCAUUUGUUCUGCCCUCCUCAUUCUUUCUCCGUCUGGCUGUCAACUCUCCCUGCCUCCUUUUUUUUCUUAUUUUUUUUCACCCCAAUUUUCUUCCCUCAUGUCAGAAACCAAUGAGCUUUAUGCGCCACAUGUACACACAAUAUCUCUGCUGACAUUCCCGCUCAUCAGGCAGUUACACCUCUGGUUUGUGACUUUGCCUAUUUUUGUAUGCCUUCUGUUUCUUUAAGCUGCGGAGAAGGGAGUUGGCGGGAGUGUAGGCAGCUCAAAGCGGAGACAGAUAGGUAUGGCAACAUGCCCUGUGUGACACGUCCGUUUAUGUCUGUUUACCACUGAUUUGCCACAGGAGGCUUGAACAUCAGCCUGCCUCCUUAAGACUGAAAAAUACUCUUCGUCUGGUGUGGCAACUUCAAGAGAAUGCCCUCCAGCGUGUGCUACUUCAAGCAGCAUUACAGCUCUCGGCUUCACAUUGUCUGCAUGUGUACAUGAGCAGUGGUGGUGUAAAAGGCUAGCUCACUCUUAAAAGGAUCAUUUUAGCUUUAGACUUAUUUGGUUAUGAUCAGUUAUAAUAAUAUUGUACUCACUACAGUAAAUGCUGCGAUGUGAGAUCAUGGCUACCUAUAUCAGUUCAACGAAGUCCAAUGGGGGGGCGAGAAACGAGCUAAUUGUGGGAGUGGAAUUGAGGUUCGUGCGCCCAGUUCCACAAUGACUGAGAUUUCUAAAACAGAACCACGUGUAUGCACGGCUUUAUAAAUCCAGACGAAAAGAAUACGUUUGAAUCUAUACAGAGUUUUAUGCACCUGGCCCCUGGACUUCUUCACUCCUUUAUUCAGUCUGACAUGUAUGUAUGUAUUGCCAAUAGAGAUGAAAACUAAUGACAAUAUGAUCCAAGUUGUAACUUGAUCUGGAACUGGAAUCAUCCUUGAACAGGAGAGGACAGGUGAUCAUUUGUUUUGCUGCUGUUGGAAAGUGAGAAGAGGAAUCACUGGGACCAGAAGUGGCUGCGUUCUAAAUUUUAUCGAAGGUAAACGAUGUCGGGAAGAGUUUGUUGCUUUGGGUGGAACUUUGGAACUCAGACACUGUUCACUGCUGCUACAUGGGCUGACAAAUGACACGGUUAGUUUAACAAAAAUCCAGAGAUAGACAUUCUUUCAGUGUGGCAGCCUGUAUGCCUCAGCGUAUCACCUGAAGCAAUUCUUUCAUUCAGUCGUUUGUUUUUUUUUUUUGUUUUUUAAAUUGGUUUAGUAAUGACGUAAUCUGAGAGAUACAGUUUUAGGAAGGGGAAGGGGGGGCGUUUGUGCAUCAGGAAGCAACAGAUUUGGGCAGUGACGUGUAGCGACCCUGCUGGCUGUGAUUCACUGCCUGCCCCCAUAUGCUCCGACUCUUCUUCUUGUGUCCAUGGGGGGAACAUGACAGCUGCUGAUGUACAGCGCAGGCACGAACGGUCACAUCUCCUUUGCUUGGCUGCCUCCACAAACUCUCUACACAUCCCUUAUUUACUGCCUCGCUCUACAGACGCUCAGCACUACAUACAGUAGCUGGCAGCACAGACGCCGUAGAAAUACAGCUGUGCUCUUUGGAACGCCUGGAAGCAGGUGUGAGGUAUAUUUUGCACUCGGUAGAGGUUGGGAGAAAUAGCUGUAACGGAUCUGUAAAUCAGACUGCAUUCUAACUUUUUACUGCGGGCAAAGAGGUCGAAAAGAAAAGUCAAGAUAAAUAUUUUUGUUGUGCUGCUUUGUCUUUGCUUGGGCGGAGGAAAGCGUUUAAGCGCAGAUGUUGCAGAAAAUGUGAGCGUGGCGGAAAUAAAACAAAUCCUGUGUGUGUGUGCGUGCGUGUGCGUGUGUGUUUCCGAACCUGACGUCACACUUCAGAGACGCAGCCUGAAAACUCUCUAACUCUUUGCCCUCCGACUGAUCUGACUGCGUUGACAUUUUCUCCUCCUCUGCGUGAACUCCCUCUCAGCUCUGCUACUGUCACCUACUUUUCAUGGUUAUGUCAAAGGAAAUGUCCCUUCAUGUUUUAGAAUGCAGGGAUGAACGCCAUUUUAACAAAAGCUGUUUAAUGAUGUGAUUUUUGUACAUUGGUUGUCACUGUUCUAAUGUUCGUUUUUAUACAAUAUAAUGUCGUUUCUGUUGUCGCAGGCUGUUUCUACUGUCUUUUCUUUUUUCCAUUCAUGACAGAGGCUCAUUGUGAGAACAUGACACCACUAAGCAUUUGUUUCUCAGAGGAUUAGCCUAUGCGAUGUUCCUCUACAUGGUGCAAAAAAAACAAAAAACAACAAAAAAAAAACGCCUUUCUGUCUUAACAUUGCUACGGGCAGUUAAAGCAAUUAAGUCAGAAUUGAUAGAAGGGGAAAUUUGGCAUAUACAGUAGCAUCGGGUGAAGCCCACAAAAGACAUACUGCACAUUUGUCGUCCGGCUUCUCUGUAUUAAGAUCUAGUUUAAUUAAAUAAGGAUGUGCUGGUAUAAUCUGCACUAUGUCUUUUAAAACUGCCAGUGUAAGGCCCGUUAUGUAUUUCUAGAGCAUGACCUAUUAGAUGACACUGUACAACAGAGCUCAAAUCACUAUAUCAGCCCUGUACGCUAGCCCCGGAUGUAAAUAUGCUGAUUUUACAACAACUUACUGUUAUACUUUACCUCCGCCACUUGUAAUCACAUUUACAUCGACAUUUUCUCAUUUUUAAAAUGCCUAAUGAUCCGUGCUCUUUUGUGGAGGUCAUCUACUCAUUUACUGGCUAAUUUUCCACCCACAUAAUGUACGGAUCCAUUGACUUAUGUUUGGUAGUUUUUCUGCCUGUUUUUUCUUUUUUCUUUUAAAGUACAGGAGCAGUGUAAAUUUGAUGUAAAUUUGUGUUUUUGUUAGUAGGGGUUUCAUAUUUUAUUUGAAAGCAUUUGCAUCUUGUAGUAAGACACAUUUUUCUGUAUGCUUUUUUUUUUUUUUUUGGAAGGAGAGUAAAAAGUAUUCUCUCUUAUCCAUGGAAGCACUCCCAGUAAGCCACAGAGAUGGUUCAGUAAGAAUGCAACAUGCAGAAAUUGGGUUUUGUCUGCGGUGAAUAAUUUUGAGACAUAGGAACUGUUUUUUUUUUUUUUUAAUUUGUAUUUAUUUUUUUUGCCACCUUUGACAUAUUAUUUCUGUAAUCUCCCCCUAAUCCUUCCUCCAUGCUAAAGCUGAAUAUCUGAACAGUGGAAAUGUAUGCUCUCGAAAUGGUGUGUUUGAUGUUGUGUUCUGCUGGGUGGCACUGUCUGAUACCUGCCAGCCUUGUCCUGUGGAGUUUUUCUGCUACAUGUGAAAGCACUCUGAAUAUCUAUACUAGGUGGUGCACUACCUUCUCUUUAUUCUCUAAAUCAACUAUUUUUUAAAUAAAGGAAAGAGUGUCACAAAACCCCGAGAUACCGUACGCUCAUUGCCUUUCAUGUUUAAUGACUCAAUACUCCUGAUGUAUUCCCUUUUUAUGUCACUGACAAUUAUAUAGGCAGCAUUUAAACAGUGUUUGAUGGUGAUUUUUAUUUUGGGAAGGGGUUGAAAGACGGGACUUGGCAUGAAGAGCAAAGUGAACGGUGUCACAACAGAUCCCAUGGUAAACUCAGUAAAAGAGAGUGGCAUUGCCGCCUUUAAAAUGGCCUCUUUUUUAAAAAAAAAAACAAAACAAAACCUAAGGGACUGUUGUCUAAAGACGCUGAGAUGAACUAAUGGUAGUCAGCCAGUUGAGCAGAGGGCUUUUUUUUUUCUUUUUUUUUUUUUAAAGAACAAAAGGGAUAUGAUGAAAGUGGGAAGCAUCGCCAAUUUGUCUCGUGUUUCUACAGCAUGGAGUGAGCAGCAGAGUAUUUUUGUACGGAUCCCUUUAUCCCUUUUUUUAACCUAAUUGUUAUCAGGCCCGUGUGUGACAGUGAGUGGAGUUUAUUGUGCCAUUCCAUCCUGACUUUUUGUUUUACGUCACUGUUCCUUCUAUGCAAAAUAUGACCUAUUUUAGCCUUUGUACAGAUUAUUUUGUAUGAGUAACAUGUACUGAAAUAAAGUGAACAGAAUCAACCGUG